AUGCUGAACAAAGUCAGGACACAACCUUAUAUGACAUUUGUUGGACUCCCAGGGUCCAGAAAAUCAGCAACGAUUUAUCACAUAGCCCUGAUACUCCAGAAGGAAGGAUACGAGGUUGUACCAGUUAAAGACAUCAGUGAGAUUUACCGUUAUUGUGACUCCCAUAAUCCUCAGGUAUUUGUCAUCGAUGAUGUGGUAUGCCAGGCUUUAAUUGAAGUGUUGGAGACAAAGUCCUACACAGGGCUAAAAUCUCUAUUUCUUUCAGAACAGAAAGACGUGUCUAAGGUAGUGAGUAAAAGAGAGCGUGUGAGGGAGGAGAGUGAGAAUAGGGAUGGGAGGAGCAGGGAGUGGCACAGACAAGAAGUGUUGGUGAAUGAGAGGAUUAAGGAGGAAGAUCAUGGAGCAAAAACAUACAGUGUGAGGGUUAUCAAUUUAGAGUUUAAAUAUGUAUUGGGUGACACAGUACUGUGGGCCGCGUCUACGGAUGGACAUCUGAGUGUAGUGAAGGAACUGGUAGAGGCAGGAGCUGAUGUCAAUCCACGGAAAGUUUUUGAAACACCACUGACAGCAGCAAUGAAAGAGCUAAUAGAAGCCGGAGCUGAUAUCAAUCAAAAAGGUCAGUGUUUUUAUAGUUAUACACCACUGAUAGCAGCUUGUAAGGAUGGAUAUAUAAGUAUAGUAAAGGAGCUGCUAGGGGCUAGAGCUGAUGUCAAUCUACAAGGAAAGCAUGGAAUAAGUAUAGAUAACGAAACACCAUUAACAGUCGCAUGUAAGGGUGGACACUUUGAAAUAGCAAAAGAGUUGCUAGAGGCAGGGGCUGGUGUUAAUCAACGAAGUAAGUGUGAUACACCACUGACAGCAGCAUGUGAGGGUGGACAUGUAAAUUUAGUGCAGGAACUCCUGAAGGCGGGUGCUUAUAUCAAUGUACACAGUGAAAUAGAUUCACCUUUAACAGCAGCAAUUAAAGGUGGAAAUAUUAUUAUAGCUAAACAGCUGCUUAGGGCAGGGCCAAUGUUAAUCCAAAAGAUACGUAUGUUACACCUCUAA